GUGUGCUUGUGGUCGGAUGGUGGCACACACUGGGUCAUAUUGAAGGCUGGCUGGGUUGUUGCCAGCUGUCAGCAGAGACCUCGUGAAGUGGUGGCCACCUCUAGUGCCUGGGCCUCCUCACAUCAUGGCAGCUGCAUUCUAUCCAAUGAAGGGAGGCAGUCUGACCCCUUGUCUCUCCUGGGCCAGUGGAAAUCCACCUUCCAGCCUUUUGAAAUUUGACGUGUGACCUGUUGGCCAUUGAAGAACCUCACUGAGGUUUGCCCUUUGACCCUUCCUGCUUCCUGGAGGCCCUGCAGCCUCUUGCAGCUGGGGUCAUUGGGAGGACACCCUGACGAAGAAGAGCCGGUGGUCCUGAAGGAGCCUGUGCUGCCCCCUGAAGCCACGUCUGUCAUGUUUUCCACCACUAACAAAUACAUCUUGGUACAGGCUACACAGGGCAGUCCAUCUGUCCUCUGAUUCACGUGGGAAGCCCCCAGCGAGGGACGCCUGGGUAGCCCCACGUUUUCAGCUGCCACACUGCUGCUGACAUCCUUUCUGUUCUGGGGUGCUGUUCCAUCGGGUGAGUUCCAGAAUGGAGUUGUGAGGCCCGAAGGUGUGUGCAUUGCUCACUUUGGUAUGUAGUGGUUUUUACAUUGUGCCCCUCCUUGGGUUCAGUUAAUUUGCUAGAGUAGCUCACAGAACUCCUAGGAACACUGUACUUACUAGUUUACUGAUUCAUUAUAAAAGGACGUAAUUCAGGAACAGCCAGGUGGAAGAGAUACACAGGGCAGGGUAAUGAGAAAGGGGUGUGGAGUUUCCUCCAGGUGCACCAACCUGGAAGCUUUCUGAACCCUGUCCUUUUUGUGUUUUUAUGAGGCUUUGUUAUGUAGACAAGAUGGAUUAAAUCAUCGGCUAUUGGUGAUUGAUUUCUACCUCCAGCCCCUCUGCCAGCACAGGUCAGAGGGUGGGACUAAAAAUUCCAACCCUCUAAUCACAGGGUUGGUUCCCGUGGCAACCAGUCUCCAUCCUUAGGUGACCUAGGGGCUUUCCCAAAUUUACCUAAUUAACAUAACAAAGAUACCUUUUUCUCUCUUACCACUUAGGAAAUUCCUAGGGUUUUAGAAGCACUGUCCUAGAAACCAAGAUGAAGAACAAUAUACACGUUUCUCCUUAUAAAUCAUAAUAUCACACUUAGCUUAAGGUCUUUGAAGUUCAUCCAUGUUGUAUCAUGUGUCAGAAUUUCUGCCCUUUCUAAAGGUGAAUAAUAUUCCACUUUAUGUAUGUACGCCAGAUUUGCUUAUCUAUUCAUCCCUCGAUGAACAGUCAGGUUGCUUCUACCUCUUGGCUACAGUGAAUAAGGCUGUAGUAAAUAUGGGUGUGUGAACAUCUCUUUGAGACCCUGCUUCCAAUUCUGUGUGUUCAGUAGUUAUUUUAAAAACAUAUAAAUCAAAGCAGAUCUCCAUGCCCUCCCCUCAGCUCAAAACCCUCAGAUCGUCAGCCUUCAGCUGCCUGUCCUGCAGGACCCUACGUGACCUGCCUAUCAUCACCUGACCUCACCCGUCUGUUCGAAACAAUCAUCAUCGUUUAUUAUCUCUCAGAGUUUCAGAGCAGACCUACUGCGACCGCCUGGUCCAGGACACACCCUUCCUCACAGGUCUCGGGCGCCUGAGUGAGCAGCAAGUGGACAGGAUUAUCCUCCAGCUGAAUCGCUACUACCCCCAAAUCCUCAGCAACAAGGACGCGGAAAAGAAGCUCAAGAUGGCAAGCAGUUUGGGUGUAAUCUGGCCCGUCCUGUUCAGGAACACUGGGUGAGAGCUGACGCACCUUGCCCACCACACCCACUUCUCUGGUUCCCCCAUGGGGCUGGGGGUGGGUACCAGAGACCAGCCUGGUCUUUGGGGUGCAGGACCUGCCUCCCAUCUGGAUAGCUGCGUGAGCCCUUCUCUUGGAGCUGCAGCGCCCUGCCUUGGUGCAGGGCUGUCUGGAGGAUCGGGCCUCUCCUGGGGACAGUUCCGGAACCCCAAAGUAUCUCUGCGAGUGCGGCUCUGUGACCUCUUGGGCCACCUGCAGCGGAGCGGUGAGCGGGACUGCCAGGAGUUCUACCGGGCCCUGUACAUCCACGCCCAGCCGCUGCACAGCUGCCUGCCUAGCCGCCACGCCCUGCAGAACUCAGAUUGCACAGAGCUAGACUCGGGCACCGCAAGCCGUGAGCUCAGUGACAGGGGUAACCGCCUCCCAUGUCCCUUCUCUCUGUCCCCCUACCCAGGGCUCCAUCUCUGCCUCGGGGGCUUCUCCAUUCCAAGUCGGGUUCCGUUCCUGGCUUCUCACUGGACAGAACCCCCCCCCAGGGUGCUCACUGAGGGCGUCCCUGCCCGGCUGACCCUGGCACAGGGCGUAAGCCUGUCCCUUAGGCCUCUGGACCCCUCCCCACCCUCCGGGGCUCGGGGAGCUGCUCAUGUGCGUUUCUCCCCAGGACCCAUGGCCUUCUUGACCUGCCUCGGCCUGGCCGCAGGGCUGGCCCUCCUGCUCUACUGCUGCCCUCCAGACCCCAAGGUGCUGCCAGGGGCCCGGCGCGUCCUGGGCUUCUCCCCCGUCAUCGUUGACAGACACGUCAGCCGCUUCCUGCUGGCCUUCCUCACAGACGACCUGGGGGGGCUCUGACGCACCCCAGCCCUGCCACUUGCCCGCUUGCCGCCCCGGGGACUUCCUUCUUUUCUAAGUGUUUCUUUCUCACUAUUUAUAAUUUCUGUAACAAGCACUUUACCUUCACUGUACAAAGGUGCUCAGCAAUAUUAAAUGUUUGAGUCUCAA